CCAAAGCCGGACGUCUUAACUUUUCCUUCCAGGUUCUAAAACGUUGCCUUUGGAAAACAUGUCUUUCACUCGCCUUGCCCUUCGCAGUGUGACUCGUGCACGACCCGUGCUUGCGAUGUCCUCGAGACAGACCUGGGCGUUCCGUGCGAACUACUCGGCAGCGGCAGGGUUGUCAAAGGAAACCAUACAGACACGCGUACUGGACGUACUAAAGGGCUUCGAGAAAGUGGACGCAGCCAAGCUAACAACUUCGUCUUCAUUCACGGAUGAUCUCGGUCUUGACAGCUUAGACGCAGUUGAGGUGGUUAUGGCCGUAGAGGAGGAAUUUGCUAUCGAGAUUCCAGAUGCGGAAGCUGAUGAGAUAAAAACCGUCCAGCAAGCUAUUGACUAUAUUGCAAAGACGCCAGAAGCUCAUUGAGGGAUUGGUAGUACAGUCAUUAACCAGUCCUUUACGCUCCCCUACCCAUUUAUACAACUGCGGUAAAAUUUAUUGUAUCGCGUUUUUACUAUAACCAUAUGAGACAAAGUUGUGAAGCAACAUUCACUGCACGCCAAUUGACCUGUGAUCAAUAUGUUCGAUGAGGACAGGCAUCGACAAUUGUCAAACGUAUUGUCACUGUUAUGUAUGGCCAGUGGCACAUCUAGGGCGUCCGGUACGUGAUCAUAUUAUCCAUCAGUGAUGACUUGUGGGUAGUUGGUUGGCUUGCCGCAAAGCUGUUUUCCC